UAAUUUUUUCUGGUCACUCACUGGACAAAUUACUAAGGUCUUUUAUACAACGAGGACGCAUGCUCAAAUCUUUCAUGUGAUUAGCAAGCUUAGGCUAACACCUUACCGGGACUUCAAGUUAGCCAUCUUGGGAUCAAGAAGGCAAUAUUGUAUCAAUCCCUCUUCAAUAAAGCAUUCGAAGAUUGAUAUAGCGUGUCAGAUGCUAAUGAAGGAGACAGAAGAUCCCUGCCUGCUGCAUAACAAUGUUUCUGCUGUCAUAGAUCACCCGAGCCUAGCAAAUGUGACUGACAUAGAAGAAAUUUGCAGUAUUGGUUACACUGUUCAAGGUUGUCCGUACUAUGCGUCACGUCUUCUUGCAAAAACAGCGGAUCUUAUAAUUUGCCCUUACAAUUACAUGAUCAAUCCAAGUCUCCGGGAGAUAUAUGCGAUAAAUUUGGAUGGGAACGUACUAAUAGUUGACGAAGCACAUAGUAUAGAGGACACAAUUCGAGAAAAUGCAAGUUUUGAUAUUGAUGAACAAACUUUUGAAGAAUUGUUAACAGAUCUGAACCAGGUGAGGGAAAUGGUGUCUGGCAUAUACCAAGACUUGCUUGAUAUGACAAAGGUGAUAUUUUGUAAGCCUUUAUUAAUUUCCCAAAUUCAGUUCUUCUUCUUAUUGUAUCAGAAUUAUAUGUAGGGCAUAAUUGAUUGGAUGAAACAAUGGAAACUUGCAUUCGAUGAUCUUAAGAAGGAUUCCAUUUGGUUAGUAUUCAAUAUUAGCUAUGGUGGACUAUUUUUUCGUUUUUUCCUUUGCUGAUGGGAGACCUUCUCAUCAACUCAGCUGGAAAGGAGUUGAAGCUUCAAGACAGCUCGCGGCGGCUAAG